AUGUCUCAGUUGCGCAUCUUCUUCCCCUUCUUCCUCCUCGCCUUCAUUCCCUCCUCCACCGGUCUCACAAACACCGUCAGUUUCCCUUCCUUUUCUGAUGAUGACUCGCGCUUAAAACGUUUCAGCGACACCAAAAUCACAAACGAAGGCGCCCUUGAGCUCACCUCCUCAACGAACCAGAGUGGUGCGGCCAUCUAUACCGAACAAAUCACUCUUUAUGAUUCUGGCACCGGAUUUGAGGCGGACUUCACCUCCAAUUUCAGCUUCCAAAUCCUCCCCUUGACCAGCACCUGCACGGGCGACGGCUUUGCCUUCUUCAUUGCCCGUCCCAACUGGACUCUCGAAAGAGAUAAUAAUGGUAGAGGUCUCGGCGUCUUCAACAAAAGCUUGGACUUUGUCAACAGCCAAAUCAUCGCUGUAGAGUUCGACACCUACAAGAACUACUUCGAUCCGAGCGCAAAUCAUAUGGGCAUCGAUGUCAACUCCUUGAACUCCAGCGUGACCUCAAAUUGGACGCUGGACAGGACGCAAUCUUUGAACGGAACUGCCGUCGUCAGGUAUAACUCGAGAAUAGGGAACCUCAGCCCGCAUUUGAGUUACCGGAACAACACGUUGGAUAUAUCUCAUGGCAUCAACCUCACCGCUGUUCUCCCGGAGAAAGUGGUCAUGGGCUUCUCAGCAGCAAGUGGAUCUUGCGGGGAAGCCCAUCUGAUACUGAAUUGGAAUUUAUCAGCUACCGCCCCCGCCCAGACGCCAACUCCCGCCCCCAGCCGAACGCCAAAUGGUAGCCCCAUCUUCACACCGAGCCCAACGGGCACGCAACAUAAGACGGUCAUCAUUCUGGUGGCUUGUUUGGUUCCUCUACUUGUCAUUAUUGUGGUCAUAGUUCUAUUUGUUACAAGAAUAAGAAAACAGAAAAGAGCAAAGUUAAAGGAGGAGCAAGGAGAGGAGGAGGAAGAGGAAGACCAAGAAGGUUUUGUGGAUAUAACAUUGAAUUUCGAGACAGGGCCGAGGAGAUUCAGAUAUCGAGAGCUAGCUGCGGCUACCAAUGACUUCAGUGAAGAGGAGAAGCUUGGGCAAGGUGGUUUUGGUGGCGUCUACCGUGGUACGUUGAAGGAUACCAAUGAAGUGGUGGCUGUGAAACGGUUUUCUAAAGGGUCGAGCCAGGGGAAGAAAGAGUAUAUGGCGGAGGUGAGCGUGAUCAGCCGGUUGCGCCACCGUAACCUCGUGAGGUUGAUUGGGUGGUGCCACGAGCGAGGAGAGUUCUUGCUUGUCUAUGAAUAUUUGGAGGGGCGGAGUCUGGAUUCACACCUCUUUAGCAAGAAAGAUUGCGCAGUCCUGCCCUGGACUCAACGGAGGAAGGUGGUGCUCGGCUUGGCAUCUGCAGUGUUGUACCUGCACGAGGAGUGGGAGCAGUGCGUGGUUCACCGUGAUAUCAAGUUGAGUAAUGUCAUGGUCGACUCUGAGUUCAAUGCUCGUCUAGGUGACUUCGGGCUGGCAAGGCUGACGAAUCAUGGAUUCGGCACGAGGACGACGAUGGUAGCAGGAACGAUGGGUUACUUGGCACCCGAAUGCGUGUUCACAGGCAAGUACAACACAGAGAGUGAUGUGUACAGCUUUGGAGUGGUAUUACUUGAAAUCACGACCGGUGGAAGAGCCAUUCGACCAAUCGGAGAGAAAGAAGCACGUCUGGUGGAGUGGAUUUGGGAGUUUUACGGGCUCAGUUCUCUCACGGCGGCGGUCGAUGAAAGGUUGGGAUCUGAAUUCGAUCAACAGGAGAUGGAAAGGAUGAUGGUGGUGGGUCUGUGGUGUGUGCACCCUGAUCCUGAGAGGAGGCCGUCGAUGAGGGAGGCGAUUAGAGUGCUGAGUUUCCAGGCCGAGAUGCCAAGUCUCCCACAAAGGAUGCCGGUGCCAUUCUACGCGCCCCCUCCUAUGAACGAGUUCGGUUCUUUGUUCACGAGCAGCAGCAGCGGAACGACGGCAACAUCGACGACGAUUUCAUCGAUGGAGUCAGCAGAGGCGGCCCUGUUGCGGUCACAAGGGUAGAUGUCUCGGUCCAGUCGCCAAGUAAAAUAGAUGCAUGACAGAUCUGCUCCACCAAGUGUGAAAAUGUACUUUUCUUACAACUGUAAAAGUUAACCAUGCCUUUUUACUAGAGCUUGUUGGAAA